GACACCCCAAGAAGAGGAAGAAAAAGAUAGUUAAUUCACUUCCGCAUUGAAAUUCCACCUGAAAAAAUGUGUCACCGUAAGAUUUGGAAGAUGGGUAGAUAUAAUAUUUAACCAACAUUUACGUUUUCGUUACGCUUGGUUAAAGGUGUGUCCCGUAGUAGAACGUAGUUAUCAUUAAGCAGCUUCAUUGCUGGCCAACUUAAAUUAGUUGUUUAGUUAACUGUCCGUUUCCAAUCAAAGGUCUGACACAUUAAAACUGUGGCGACGGCUUAUUCUCUAUUUUCACCACGAUCAACUACUGAAAGAUGUCUGGAAAUCCUGCUGUUGUGAUGCGCCUGGUGGCGUCCGCCUAUUCAGUGGCUGAAAAGGCUGGGGCCAUAGUUAGGAAGGUGCUUCACAGUGGAGAUCUUGGCAUUGUAGAAAAGACAGGAGCUAAUGAUCUGCAGACGCUCGCGGAUCGACUUGCACAGAAAAGCAUUUGUGCUUCACUGUCUAGACGUUUCCCCAAGAUCACUAUCAUAGGAGAGGAGGAUCUUCCCAUUGAGGAGGUCCGGGAGGAUCUGAUUGAAAAUGGCCAGGCAGAGGACAUCCUUCAGAGGAGCUGUCCAGAACAAUAUAGAGCACUAAAAGAAGAAGAGCUAGUUGUUUGGGUAGAUCCCCUUGAUGGCACAAAGGAAUAUACUGAAGCCUCAAGGUGUCUCCAUCUCCAAGCUGUAGCGCAGAAACCACACAAAGGGUUGGACAAGACUCACGGCACAGCUCUCUGGCUCCUGGACAAUGUGACAGUGCUUAUUGGUAUUGCAUAUGGAGGCAGAGCAAUUGCCGGCGUCAUCAACCAGCCAUUCUACAACUACCAGCUUGGAGCAGAAGCAGAUUUAGGGAGAACAAUGUGGGGAAUGCUCGGAUUGGGCGCCUUUGGGUUCCAGCUGCAGGAAGUUCCAGCCGAUAAGCGAAUUGUCACGACCACCCGUUCCCAUAGCAACAAGACAGUAACAGACUGCGUGAAUGCCAUGGAGCCUCACGAAGUCAUAAGAGUAGGGGGUGCUGGAAACAAGAUAAUCCAGCUUAUUGAAGGGAAAGCUUCUGCUUAUGUGUUUGCCAGUCCAGGCUGCAAGAAAUGGGAUACAUGUGCUCCUGAGGCAAUCCUGCAUGCUGUUGGAGGAAAAUUGACUGACAUGUGUGGGAAUGCUUACUGCUAUAACGCAGAUGUGAAGCACAUGAACUCUGCAGGGGUUCUUGCUACACUACGCAACCAUGAUUACUACGUCAGCAGAGUGCCACAGUCUGUGCUGCAGGCUCUCAAGUCAGAUUGAGAGCCUGCAAGCCUGCAGUUUGUCAUGAUGUGCCUCUGGGGCAGAGACGUUCUUGGUCUCUGUUAAAUUGUUACGAAACUGUUUAUUACUUUUUAUUGUUGGAAAAAUCUGUUCAAACCUACUUGCAAAAGUAUCUGGAACAUAAACCUAAUGGCUGGUUGUGUCGCCCUUGGCAGCAACAACUUCAGUCACGGGUUUGCAAUAACAAGGCAAUGAGUCUUUUAUAUUGUAAAGAAAGUUUUGCCACGAAUUUUCCAUUGCAAAGCAGAAUUCAUGGUUCCAUCAAUUACACCAACUUGUCUAGGUCCUGAAAAAGCAAAGGAGUCCCUGAUCAUCACACUGCCACCACCGUGUUUGAGUGUUGUCAUGAUGUUCUUUUUUCUGAAAUGCUUUGUCAGUUUUAUGCCAGACAUAGCGGGACACACACACCUUCCAAAAAGUUCAGUUCUUUUUUUUUUUCCUUGGCUCUCCACAGAAUAUUUUUGUAGCAGUCUCUCGGAUCAUUAUGAUGAUUUUUGGUAAAUGUGAGACAGACGUUUGGGUUGAUUUUGGUCAUCAGUGAUUUCAGUGUUAGAAGGGUCCCACAGAGGCUGUUUAGCCCAGUUUCUUUCUUAGAUCAAGCCUUCAGGGCCUUAGGUGUUGUUCUGGGUUCUUUUGUGCCCUUUGAAUGGGUAGUUGAUGCGCUCCUUGAGUAAUUUUUGUUGGUUCACCACCUCUGAGAAGAUUCACCACUGUUUCAUGUUUUCUCCAUUUGUGGAUAAUUCCUCUAACUUGGUUCACUUGAAUUUCUUUGGAUCAGGGCAUGAUGUGAUGUUUUUAAGAUCUUUCAGUCUACUUCAUGAUUUCAGGUGAUUUCUUGACUUUUACAUGUCUGACUAAUCAGAUAUAGGUGUAGCUAGUGAAAUUGAAGUCAGCACCUUUUCCAACAAUGAGGUAAAUUUUCUGGUUUAGAUGGUUUAGAAAACAAACUGUCAAUUAGAACCAUAGACUACUAACUCAACUCUUUGUAGGUGCUGGAGAGAGAGACAGCACAUCUUAAAUAAGCCCCGCCACUGAUUUAUGUUUUUGUUUUGUUUUUCUUUUUUCUUACUAUCCAAAAGAAAGAUGAUUUUGUAUUAAGUUCUGUUUUUGAUGUAUUUGGUUGCAGAAAACAGAAAUCACUAACUGCUGCGUUUCAAAUAAAUCGUAGAGCAACGUUUAGGGAAGAAAGAUCCAAGUUGAAAGUAUUAACAAACUUAAAGAUCGUUAUUUGACAUUAGCUUUACUCCUUAAAACUUGCAAAUAAUUGCUAUUAUUUGUUGCAUUCUUUGUAAAUAUGAAUACACAACAUGAAGUUAUUGGGAGCUUUUUGUAACACCCGCUUAAAAUUGACAAUUGCUAGAUUACGUUUUGGAAUACAUGUGUUAUUUAAAUCAGCUAAAAACUAUAAUGUUUUGGGAGGAAUAAACAAACCUAAUGUAGGUAGGAAAAAAAAUUUCAUUCUGUUUUUUUUUUUGUUUUUUUGUAUAACAGUAAGUCAAUUUAAACUAUUAUUGAGAUGUUUUGUUCCUAUUUGAUAUAAAUAAAAUGUAAUUUCAACAAAAAAGCAA